AUGGCGCCCGUCGAUCCCCACUCCUACACCGACGGCGCGCACCCGGUGGUGUCGCACGCCGCGCUCGCCUUCUACCUCGACUUCGCCGCCUCCACCAUCCACGCCUCCGCGCUGCUCACCCUCUCCGCGCCACACUCCGGCGACCUCCUCCUCGACACCCGCGCCCUCGCCGUCCACUCCGUCUCCACCGCCGCCGACCCGCCGGAGCCCAUCCCCUUCUCCCUCGCCGCGAGCCCCGACCCCGUCCUCGGCUCGGCGCUGACCCUCACCCUGCCCCCCGACACCACCUCCUUCCGGCUCACCUUCUCCACCUCCCCCGACGCCUCCGCGCUGCAGUGGCUGGCCCCGCCGCAGACCGCCUCCGGGCAGCCCUUCGUCUUCUCGCAGUGCCAGUCCAUCCACGCCCGCUCCAUCUUCCCCAGCCACGACACCCCCGCCGCGCGCAUCACCUUCUCGCUCCUCCUCAACGUCCCCUCGCAGCUCUCCGCUGUCGCCGCCGCGCGCCACGUCGGCCGCCGGGACCCGCUGCCUUCCGACCACCGCGGCGCCUGCGACGACGAGCUGUGGUGCGCGUCCGGCCGCAUCGUCGAGGAGUUCCAGAUGGAGCAGUCCGUGCCGCCCUACCUCUUCGCGUUCGCCGCCGGUGGGAUCGGGUUCAGGGACCUCGGCCCGAGGACGCGGGUGUACGCCGAGGGAGGGGACAAGGUGCUGGACGAGGCGGCGAGGGAGUUCGCCGGAGUGGAGGAGAUGGUCAAGGUCGGGGAAUCGCUGUUUGGGCCGUAUGAAUGGGAGAGGUUCGAUCUGCUCGUACUGCCUCCGAGCUUCCCUUAUGGAGGCAUGGAGAACCCCAGGAUGGUGUUCCUCACUCCGACGGUAAUUAAGGGGGAUGCUGCAGGGGCUCAGGUUGUGGCGCAUGAGCUCGCGCAUAGCUGGACUGGCAAUCUGAUUACUAACAAGACCAAUGAAGAUUUCUGGCUAAAUGAGGGAUUCACAACAUAUGCUGAGAGGAGGAUUGUUGAGGUGGUGCAAGGGGAGGAGCGGGCAGCCUUAAACAUGGGAAUUGGAUGGAGGGGGUUGAACAGAAUGAUGGAGAGGUUUAAGGAUAACAUGGAGUUCACCAAAUUGAAGCCGAAGAUGGCAGGGAUUGACCCUGAUGAUGUGUACUCUGAAGUGCCCUACGAGAAAGGCUUCCAGUUUCUUUGGCGCAUUGAGCGCCAGAUUGGCCGUCCUGCUUUUGAUGAGUUCUUAAAGAAGUACAUUGCCACGUUCAAGUUCAAAUCCAUAGACACUGAGACGUUUCUUGAAUUCCUGAAAACGAAUGUACCUGGGAUAGAAAACCAAAUUGACCUUCAACUGUGGGUUGAGGGGACUGGUAUUCCUCCUGAUGCCAUGGAACCAGAUUCAGCUACUUACAAGAAGAUCUGUGACUUAGCUGCAGAAUUCAAGUCAGGUAAGCUUCCAAGUGAAGAUGAGGUGGCAGACUGGAGUGGGCAAGAAUGGGAGCUUUACUUGGAAAAUCUACCCACAGAUGUUGAAGCCUCACAGGUUACUGCUCUUGAUGAGCGGUACAAGCUAUCUGAAAGCCGUGACUACGAGGUCAAGGUCGCGUUCCUCCAGCUGGCGAUUCCCACCGGGUGCAAGUGCUACUUCAACGAGGUCGAGAAAUGCUUGAAGCAGGUGGGAAGGAUGAAGUACCUCCGCCCGCUCUACAGCUCACUGGCCAAGUGCUCUGGCGAGGAGAAGAUGCUGGCCCAGAGGAUCUUCUCAGAGGCUCAAGAAUUUUACCACCCAAUAGCUCGCAGUGUUGCGGAGUCCAUUUUGUCGAAGCAUAGCUAAGAUAGCUAAGGCUUUGGUGAAUUGGUCGUCCCUGGGAGCAACGGAACAUCCACUGUUUGCUCAGUCGCUUCUUUUGCAUAAAACUAUCACCCUUCCUGCAGCUAACUUAGAAAAAACUGGAAACUUAAUACUGUAUCUUGAUAAUAUGUGGAAACUCAAGACCGUAUUAUUAUCUGAGAUUAUUCCGAGCACUGUAUCUUUUGGGAUUGCU